ACCGCUGCAAGCCUCUUUCUCAUUCUCUCUCUCUCUCUCUGACUCUUCCAACCCUCCUUUGAAAGCUCGAGAACCGAAGCCUAGUUCCGGAUAUAUGGGGAGACUUCCUUGCUGCGAUAAGGAUGGUUUAAAGAAAGGUCCGUGGACGCCAGAAGAGGACCAGAAACUCAUCGAUUACAUACAGAAGCAUGGCCAUGGCACCUGGAGAACCCUCCCCAAAAAUGCUGGUCUGGCUCGAUGUGGGAAGAGUUGCAGGUUGCGAUGGGCAAACUAUCUCCGGCCAGACAUAAGGAGAGGAAGGUUCUCGUUUGAAGAAGAGGAGACCAUCAUCCAAUUGCACAGCGUUUUGGGCAACAAAUGGUCAGCUAUAGCUGCCCGCUUGCCUGGAAGAACUGACAAUGAGAUCAAGAAUUACUGGAACACUCAUAUCAGAAAAAGGCUUCUUCGCUCCGGAAUCGACCCAGUAACACACAGGCCCCGGCUCGAUCUCUUGAACCUAUCCUCCCUUCUCAACACAGUGCUCUUCAACCAACCAGCUCAGCUAGAUAUCAAGCCUCAACUAAACACAGAGCUCCUGAGGAUUGCCGUUAAUCUUCUUCAGACCCAAUGCCAAAAUCAAAAUAUCUUAAAACAAAACCUGGUUCAGGAACCACAGCCUCCAUCAACUUUACUCUAUAAUCCAGUUCAGAUAAGCAAUGCAAAUCAAUGGCAAUACAACGAAGCAAGUUGUUGCAAUUUAAGUGAAAAUUUGGUGACUGCUAAUAAUGAUUUUAUAUAUGAGAAUAUGGACCAACUGAAGUCUAGUUUAUCAUACGAACUCCCUGUGGGUCAGAACUUGUACAGCAAUCAUGAUUCGGUGAUAUCGACACCUGUGUCGAGCGUGACUUUGAACAAUUCUUCUACGAUCAUUAACAAUAAUUUGGAAGAUGAGAAGGAUAGCUACUGCAGCCACUUCUUUGAUUUCCAGAUUCCUGACUUGUUAGAUAUGAGUGAGUUCAUAUGAACUAAAAUAGAAGGAAGAUAAGGAAAACUAUAAAAGAAAAAAAAAA